AUGCGAAGAAUGAUGCUCUCAAGAAUCCAAGGUGCAUCCAAAGAAUGCCUCGACAUUCUCCUUGACUACAGCCUUGCUCGAAAAACUUCGUCUGGAAGAACAGAUUUUUUUCAAUGCAAUGAGGAUCAAAUGACACAGUUGCUUUCGGCUGUAUGGAUACAAGUCAAUCUACCCGAUAAUCUACCUGCCAAUAUUGAAGCAAUUGCACAUUCGUUUUGUUUAGCGCUUAUUUCUUGUCGGCUUAAGAACUCGAAUGAUAGUCUGAUACUCAGAUUUUUCCAGCUUCCCUUUGACUCCAACCAUGGGCCUUUGCCUCCAGCUUAUCGGAGGUCACUCGUACUAUCGACUGCAAUGGUGAUGUUUGCUGCCAAGCUAUAUCAUAUUGCUGAGAUUCCUGAUCUGCUCAACUUAUUGCUCGAGUCCGAUGUGGACGCAUACAUAGGCAUCAGAGAUGACUUUCAAGUUUACGUAAAGUCUCACUCCGAAGUGAAAGACUUCGGUUCUGCUUCUGAUAAUGAAGAGGCUUUGUUGACACAUGUUGAUCUUCGGGGCAAGGCCCACAGGGCUGCACACUCGAAGGGAUCACAAUCAUUUGAUGGAGAGUUUUCGGCAAAUUCGCUAGUUGAAGAUGAUGCUAUGAGUAUAUCAUCAUUUGCCGAUAUAACUCGUUUCAUACCCAAGGUGCCCGCUUCUCCUUCUCUUUCUCCUUCAAUGUCUCAUAUUGCGAGCAUUGGCCAGCUGCUAGAAUCGGCAACCUUUAGACACUUGAGAAAGAAGCUUUCUAAUUGGCUGGUUCAGGAAAACACCUGCCCCAAAGCCAAUGAUGACCUGUGGAGAACCUGUUCUAGGGUCUGUUUCCUCGGCAAACUCUUGGCUAGCUCUGAGGUUGUCACCUUUCCAGCCCUUUCGACAACUUCGUCAGAGCAGUUCGUGAUUGCUUGA